CUUCUUCACGGAUUAGUCGCGCUUCCGUCUUCAGUAGUCGAAAGAUCGUUAUCAAGGUCGGAAGUGUCAAGUUUUUUGCGUGUUUUUUUCUCUACGGACUCCAGUUUUGAUUUUCAGUACCUACAUUGUUUUUUUUCGUCAAUUUUUUUGCAUAGACCCACAAAAUGAGGCUGUACCUCCUAGGAGCGGCCCUCCUGUGCCUGUCACUCUACUGUCAAGCCAACCCAAUCAUCAUCACAGCCGAACCUACUGAACAGAAAUCAGAAACAGCAACAGCCGUCCAAACCAAAGGAGCCAAACAAGAAGAGACUCAAGGGGUGUUUAAAAGUAGCACGACAGAAGCAGCUAAGGUUGAGACUGAAACCAAGAAAGCAGCUGAAGCUGAAACAUCUUCUACCGAAGCUAAACAGGAAGAGGAAGCUACAACAACUCAGGUGGCUGAAGUAGCUGAGACGACGACUUUGGCCGAAGCCAAGAAAGCUAGUGAAGGUCGUGCCCAUCACGGAAAACAUCAUAAAGGCAAAGCCACAGGACGUCAAUCAUCUGAUGACGACGAUGAUGAUGAUGACGAUGACAUUUUAGGAGAUGACGACGACGAUGAUGAUGACGAUGACGCUGCUGAAGACGAUGACGAAGGAGAGGGAGGAGAUUACUUCGGUUUUUUCGAUGAUAUCUUAGGCGGAGGUGAUGACGAUGAUGACGACGACGACGAUGAUGAUGACGAUGACGAACCUGCCCAAGUGCUUACCAACACCGCUCAACAGCAACAGCAACAACAAGCAGUUCAAGCUGCCCAGGCAGCUCAAGCCGCUCAACAAGCCCAAGCCUCUGCUGAAGCCGCUGUCCAGGAACAGCCCGACGAGCAGAUCAACACUGUUGAAGACGUCGAAGGAGAAACAGGUACGGAAAUCGUGCAGGAAGAAGACAACAAUCCCGACUCCCUGAUCGAAAAAGACCAACUGCAAGAAGAAGCAAUCGCCCAGAACACCGUCCAGCAACCCAUCAUAGUAGACCCGGUCCCAGCAUACGAACCGGUCGUCUCUGCUGACGAUGACGACGACGACGAUGAUGAUGACGAAGAAGAUGACGAUGACGAGGACGACGGUAUAGGUAGUGUAAUUGACGAUGACGAUGACGAUGAUGACGACGACGACACUGAAGACGACGACGACGAUGAAGACGAUGACGAUGACGAAUCCGGCUUGGAAGACGUCAUCGAAGUACGUAACGCGCGUCGUCAGUCCAGAGCGAAGAAACACCACCACAAAAAGGUGAAGCACCACGGAACCAAACGCACACAUCAAGCCAAAGACAGUAGUGGUGUAAAAAACAGCCCGAAAAUGCCACAAGUCUACGUGGAAAAAUACAACAGAUUCGUGGAUGCUGUUCUGAACAGAAUCAACAGGGUCUUGGGUAAAGGAUAUGACCCUGUCCGAGUUAAGCUACUCAGCCAAUCACAACGCGAGAAUAUGAAGAACAAAUUCGGCAAAUCGGCUAGUGAAAACACAGAAAUUCGUUCGGAUGUCAGCAAUAAAAUGGCUGAAUUGGAUAUAGCAAGGUCAGAACACAAAAAACGUCAACGUUCAAGACAAAAUUCCGAAGAAUCUGAGUUCGUUUUGAUCUCAAAAGCUGGCGGUUCCACCGAGAGUACCUCUAAUUCCAAAGGAGUCAAGGAAGUGAGAGCUACGCCAUUUGUUAGACAGAAUAACAAGAAGAAAGGUUCAUCGAGUUCGAAUAAAAAAGGAUCAAAUAAGCAAAAAGCCAGAGCAAUGUUUGGACUUAGUACGUUGAAGAGGGAAGGUGACGUGACCAUCAACAUGACACCGGAUUACACAACCAUAAAAACGAAUUUCAUGCUGGGACCACUCAUUCUCAGGGUUGAAAGAGAAGUGGCUAAAAGUGGUAAAAGAGAGCUAAGAAGUGCCACAGCAACCACAGAAGAAAUGUACGGUCGUUUGGUACUACGUUUAGUCCAGGGAGGUGCGGCUUCCUUGCAUUCUAUCAGAGUUCUACAGCCGAAACAAGUCAGAGUUGAAAGUAAAGACAACCACGACAAGACCAACGAAUUCAUGUGGAAGAAAAGCCCAGAAAUAGCUACAGUUGUCUCAGAAAAAUUGGCUUCAGCAACAAGGGCAUUACUGAAACCUCAGCCAAACUCUAGACCAUGAUUUUUUCCAGAAAAAUCUUGUUCAAAUCGACUGUUAGUUUAGUUUUUUCAUGACUCCGGUGCCUGAUACACUUUUUUAAUUUUUAGUUCGUUUUAGUACAACUAUUAGUAUC